UCUAAAUUGCACACUGGGUGCACAUAGAUCUCGGCUGUAAUCUGCAACUUUUGGGGAUUCCCUGACGCGAUCUGACAGUUUGGGUAACUCUGUCAAGCGCCCCAACCUUCUCACGCUGGAUAAAGACUACACGCUCUCCGCUCAAGUCCAUCGCCGCUCACGCAAUCUAAAGGAGCGGUAGCUCUGGCUUUCAGCGCGGAACGCUCCCACUGUCAGGUUCUGCGCUUGCCUAGUACCGCCUUCCGCCGCUCUGCACUUCCGUCCUGUUUCUUUUUUUCCUUCCGUUUAACUCAGUUCUCGCUGGGAGGGGGCGUUCUGCACCCGCCGUGUCUCUGACCUUUUCUGGGGCUUCGUGCGCAGGGAUCGAUAGGUUACUGACUUAUUCAGAAUCACAGUUUGUUAGUGGCGAAGACUGGAAGUUGUGUCUCCCGACUCCAGAGAGACUGCCUGCUUUUGCACACGAGGAAAGGCAAAUUACUUUUAAAAAGAUCCUUUUGAGAAACGGCAACCAGGAUCAAGAAAUGAAAACAUAGACCUUUCAUUAAAGCAUUGCUUUUUAUCGUUUUCUGUGUAAUCAGUAAUCAAAGGUUUAGUAACAGUGGGGAAAUUGAUAAACAGUUUAAUCAGGAGUAUUUUUUUAAGUUUAUUUAUUUUGGGGAGAGAGGGAGAAAGAGAGAGAACCCAGAAGAAGCAGAGAAAGAGGGAGAGAGAAUCCCAAGCCGGUUCAACACUGUCACCGCAGAGCCUGAUGUGGGGCUCGCUCCAUCCCGUCAUCCCUGAGAUCUUGACCUGAACAAGAAUGCAGGCUUAACUGACUGAGCCACCCAGGUGCCCCAGGUUGGGAGUAUUUUUUGUAGCAGUUUUGGUGAAGACUUAAUGUUACUUCACUGAGUAUAAUGUUUUAUUUAAACCUACUUUUUAAUUUAAAAAUUUUUUGUGAACAUCAAGAGAGCUUUAAACUGUUAAAAAUCCCCAGGAAGCAAAUAUUUAGGUUUUCCCAGUGAAAACUUUUAUGCCCAGCAGCCAUUACAUGAUUAUGUCAGAGUCCUAUUAGAUAGUUGUUCUUUGAGCAUCUGCUGUCCUUUCUGAAGGUGAAAGGCAUUGACGCUCUUCCUAUCUAUUGGGUUGUAUAGUUUUAUAGGGCAGGAGCAUUCAGGAGCCACCAGGCAGGCCAGCUCUUUUAGGACCUCAUUCCUCCUGUAACUCAGCACAGCAACAGAGUUGUCUACACUUUUCCAAGACAGCAGAAAAUGAACAAAUCCCAGAUUGAACAGAAAUCCCAGGGAUCAGUAUCAUUUAAGGAUGUGACCGUGGGCUUCACCCAGGAGGAGUGGCAGUGCUUGGACUCAAGUCAGAGGUCCCUGUACAGGGACGUGAUGCUGGAGAACUACAGCCACCUUGUCUCAGUGGGGUCCUGUGCUACCAAACCAGAGGUGAUCUUCAGGCUGGAGCAAGGAGAGGAGCCAUGGAUAUCGGAGGAAGAAUUCCCAAGCCAGAGCCUCCCAGAAGUCUGGGAAACUGAUCACAAGAAAGGAAGGAGGCAAGAAAACCAGCAUAAACCUGUGAGGGAAGUUGCAUUCAUCAGUAAGAAAACGCUGACCAAGGAACGAGCUGUGCCCUCCUGGCUAUCCCUACUCUUCCAGGGCCAGCCGAAGAUGAUCACAUCCCAGGGAUUAUUGUCAUUCGGGGAUGUGACUGUGGGCUUCACUGAGGAGGAGUGGCAGCGCCUGGACCCUGCUCAGAGGACCCUGUACAGGGACGUGAUGCUGGAGAACUACAGCCACCUUGUCGCUGUGGGGUUAUCCAUUCCUAAACCAGAAGUGAUCCUCAAGUUGGAGCAAGGAGAGGAGCCAUGGAUAUUAGACUCCCCAGGCCAGAGUGACCCAGAAUUAAUUAAUAGCAGUAGAAACUAUUCAAGAAAGAAGUUCAAUGAGUUUAACAAAGGUAGAAAUUGGCUCCAUAAUGAUAAGCAUGAAGGAAUUUAUUCUGAAGAGAAACUUUAUAAAUAUAAUAAAAACGGGAAUGGCCUCCAUCUUAAUGAAGAUAUUGUUCACCGUCAGAAAAUUCAAAUUUUGGAGCAACCUUUUGAGUACAGUGAAUGUAGGAAAGCUUUCCAUGAGAAUUCACUCUUUGUUGUACAUAAGAAAACUUACACAGGAAAGAACUCCUGUGAACACACUGAUUAUGGGAAGAUCUUCUGUGAUAUGUCAUCCCUCAUGGCUCAUCAGAGAACACAUCCAAGAGAGAAUCAGUGUGAAUUUAAUGAAUGUGGAGAAAAUUUCUUUGAGGAAUCCAUUCUCUUUGAGCAUCAGAGUGUUCAGCCUUUCAGCCAGAAGUCAAACCUCAUUCCAGUUCAGAGAAGCCACUCAAUUGACAAUGUGAUUGAAUAUAAUGAAUGUAGAACGUUUUUCAGUGAAAAGCUAGUCUUUGGUGUACAACAGAGAACACGCACAGGAGAAAAACCUUAUGAGUGUCAUGAUUGCGGAAAAACCUUCAACCAGAAGUCAGCCCACACAAGACAUCAGAGAACACACACAGGGGAAAAAUCUUGUGAAUGUCAGGAAUGUGGGAAAACUUUCUACAAGAAUUCAGACCUCAUUAAACACCAGAGAAUUCACACAGGGGAGAAACCUUUUGAAUGUCAGGAAUGUGGGAAAUCCUUCAGUGAAAAGUCAACCCUCACUCAACAUCGAAGAACACACACAGGGGAGAAACCGUAUGAAUGUCGUGAAUGUGGGAAAGCCUUCUCGUUCAAGUCAGUCCUUACUGUACAUCAGAAAACACACACAGGGGAGAAGCCCUACGAGUGUUAUGAAUGUAGGAAAGCCUUUCUUAGAAAAUCAGACCUCAUUAAACAUCGAAGAACUCACACAGGGGAGAAACCUUAUGAAUGUAAUGAAUGUGGGAAAUCCUUCUCUGAGAAGUCAACCCUUACCAAACAUCUGAGAACUCACACAGGUAUUAGAUGUGAAAACACAGCACGCUGGGACCAGCAGUUGGAAGCAAGUCAGAGGCUCAUGCAUCUGCAGAAGAAGAGAAGAUUUUUAGCAAGAGGACCCACCAGGAGGACUUUCGGAUGCCCAGGUAGAGAGAGAGGUUCUGGAUUGUUGGCUCAUGGACGGGCAGCUUGCCAGCAGGAUGUGUUCAUGCUUCUGGGGCAGACUGUUGAGAGCGGCUCAUCCUGGCCUAGGGGGUCAGAGGGGAAAGGUGGGUUGCUGCACGCACAACUUAGUGGAGGCAGUAGAAGUGAGCGUGCAUGAAGCAUAGGUGGUCUCUUCCCUGGCAGGCGUUUACGUUUGUCUCAGUGUCACCCUGCUGGGGUGACUUGUCAUACCCCACUCUGUCUCUCCACAUACUUAAUACCUUCAUAGGUGAUGUAACAAUUUCCAAAAAACGUAAUAGUCACAUACAAAAAUCUAUUCUUUGGAGCACCAGGGUGGCUCAUUUGGUUAAACAUUCAGCUCUUGAUUUUGGUUCGGGUUGUGAUCUCAUGGUUCGGGAAUUUGAGCCCCAUGUUAGGCACCAUGCUGAGAGCACAGAGCCUGCUUGGGAUUAUCUCUCUCAGCCUGUCUCUCUCUCUCUCUCUCUCUCUCUCCCCUCUCUCAAUAAGCAUUUAAAAAUGCAUUCUUAAAUAUAAAGCUUUAAAAAAGCACAAGUAAAAAUAAGUAAAUUAAAAAGCACAAGUAGAUUCCAGUGCUGGGUAGUAACUUGUAGCAGGUCGGUGCCCUAAUGAGAACAACUAGAGAAACAUCACAAAAAGCAUCUGUUUCAAUGCAGCUUAUUGCUGCAGGAGCAAAGAGGACUAAAGGUAAAAUUCAGGAGAGGAGUGAGUCACAGAAAGUUCCCCGGGCAAAAUGCACCUGUUUCCCCUGGGAGCAUUUGCCAGCUUUGGGCACAGAGGAACCUGAGUCCUGAGCUUGGCUCAGGUAGAGGGUGAAGCUCGUAGCGAGAGGGCGGAGACCAGAAGCCAGCAGAACUUUCAGCAGUCAAGGCUGGAGUGAAAAUUUCUUCAACAUUAGAGGCUUAAGCCUCGUAGCUAGUUUCUCAAAUUUUUAGAAGAUUGACUCAGGACGGGAAGGAGCCUGAAAAGCUAGGCCGAAAGUCGAUUUUAUUCAGGACAGAAAAAAUGAUUGGAAUUCAGUUCCAAAAAAUGAUUGGAACUGUUAGUAGGAUGGGCCCUUGGCGAGCACAGCACGCUAUCAGUAAAGGUAAGGUCAUACCAGAGGUCAGUUGUACAAAUGAUACCUGAUAUUAAAAAAAAAAACCAAAACUGCCCAGAAAGAAAACUCUGAGUACAGAUGCUUUCACUGCAGUUAUUCCAAAUAUUUAAGAAGGAAAUAAUAGGAAGCUCCCAUGACCUUUUCCAGAGAAUGGAAGAUGGAACUUUUCUAAUUCAUUUUGGGGGCAUGGUACAACCUUGAUACCAAAACCUGUAAAAGACAUUUCAGGAAAGUAAAGUUAACCAAUAUUUUAUGAAUUAAGGUGCAUAAUCUUAAAUUAAAAAAAAAAAUCCAGUCAUAUCCAUGGACCAAGUAAUGUUUAUUAGGGGAAUCAAAGGAUUUACUAUUUAAAAUUAAAUCGAUUUGGCCAGUUCUUCUUCCUCUCACGUUCUCCCUUCUCCCUUGUGCUUUCUGUGUUUCUCUUCUGCCUUCCAUUCCUAGAGUGGAAGUCAGAACAGGCUUGCCACAAAGGAUGAGAAAGGUGUGGUGAUGUGCACACUUGCAUCAGAGGUGUUGAAUGCAACUGGAAGAGAUGAUCAUCGUGGCUAAAGUAUCAAUAACAUUGAGCAGAUGAGAAAAUGUGCUGAGGAUGAUGAGAGCCAGAUCAGAGAAGGUUUUCAUGAAAAUGGAGAGGGGAAAGUUAGAAAAUCCCGGGGUGUUGGAUUGGAAUGUAACUCACAGAAAUGUGUGUGUGUGUGGUGUGUGUGUGAGAUGGGUCUGUCUGCUGAGAGGGCCUACACACAGUGACACCCCAGGAGCAGUGUGCACACCAAAUGCCAGGUUACUAAUGUCUAAGUGCUCUCCUCCACCAAAAAAGGGACUGUCUCCGGAGUGAUGGCUGGUUUCAGGUAAAAGAUGGGGAGAAAUACACGAUGAACCUGAAUCAUCUUACCUGCCAGACAGUAAAAAAAUGUUCAAAUAAUCAUGGAGUCAAAAGAACCACCUUGGUCAGGUUUCACUGGCCAGAUUUGAGACAGUUUGAACAUAGCGUCAGAAUUAUUAAUUCCCAUUAAUAAAAUGGGAGUCCAUUAAUGUAUAGUGAUAUAGAUAAAUUUGUAAAUUCAUAAAAGAGAAGGGAAGACUUGUACAGAAGAAUGCCAGUUAAUAAAUGUAGGGAGAAUAAUGGACAUAGAAAAACACCAUUGGGCAACCAUUGGAGGGGCAGUUGAUUCAGGAGGUAGUUGUCAGCAUAGACUAGAGUCUGUGAGUAGAGCUUUGAUGAAGAACAGGAUAUGGCAUAAUCUUCAGAUAUCUCCCCACAAAAUACCCAUCAGCUGCAGAGGUGAAAGGGUGAUUUUGUGAUUAAACCUGGCAGACACCAGCAUGAUCAGGCAAUCAAAGUUCACCUCACCAGUGGAGUAGGACAGGUCAGCAUGAUGUGUCCCCUGAUGAGAUGCACUGAGAAGAGGCAGCAUCAUUUGUGUGGUAUUUUUGCCAAGAAAGCACAACCUGUAGGAUGCCUGGAUAGCUUAGUGAGUUAGGUGUCCAACUCUUGAUCUCAGCUCAGGUCUUGAUCUCAGGGUCAUGAGUUUAAACCCUGUGUUGGGCUCCACACUGGGUGUAGAGUCUACUUAAAAGAAAAAAGAAAAGAAAGCUUGACCUAUGUUUAUUUAGGAGGAAACAUCAGGUGAAUCCAUAUGAAUGGUUGUUUUAGUGAAUGCAAAGCCUAUAGUUUUUUAUUAUGUGAAAGAUACGAAAAAGACUGAGAGGCUGUUUCAGAUUAGAGGAGAUAAUUUUAAAAUAAAAAUGAAGACCAGACAUUGGUAGAACAGUUGGCAAAAUUCAGUGUAUGGAUUGGAUGGUCAUGUUUAUCAAUGUUUGUUUCCUGAUGUGGAUGAUUGCUAGGUGGUUCUAUAGGUUAGUGCCUUUGGGGAGAAUACACACUGGAAUAUGUAGAGGUAAUGGAGCCUCAUGGCUGCAGCUUGCUUUAAUUUUUUUUAAUGUUUAUUUUUGAGAGUGAGACUGAGUGGGGAAGGGGCAGAGACAGAGAGAGGGAGGCACAGAAUCCGAAGCAGGCUCCAGGCUCUGAGCUGUCAGCACAGAGCCCGACACGGGGCUCGAACUCACAGACCAGGAGAUCGUGAUCUGAGCCGAAGUUGGACGCUUAACCAACUAAGCCACCCAGGUGCCUCUGCAGCUUAUUUUUAAAUGCUUUAGACAAAGGCUAAGAGAGAGAGAGAGAGAGCG